CACUCUACAUUUCCUUCUCUCUUUCGUUGAGUUUGUCCUUCUUUCUCUCUUAUCCUGUCACUGCAGUGUUUAUAUUUACACUCGCGGUCGGCGAUUAGUAAACUAAGUUGACAGAAAAAAAUGGAGGAUUCCAAUGAGGUGCUAGUCUGUGCAGCAGAGUUUUUGAAGGAUCGGUUAUACUUUGUCACACUGAGGACAACAGUGAAGCCUCGAAGCACCUCUAACACCCAUUACUUCAGUAUUGACGAUGAGCUCAUCUAUGAGAACUUCUAUGCUGAUUUUGGACCCUUGAAUCUUGCAAUGCUUCAUCGUUAUUGUCAGAAAGUGAACAAGAAACUGAAGGCGGUCACUCUGAGCAAGAAGAAAAUUGUCCACUACACUGUGAUGGACCCUCAGAAGCGCGUAAACGCUGCAUUUCUUAUCGCUAGCUAUGUGAUAAUCUAUUGGAAACGUAGUGCCGAAGAAGCCUAUGAUAUUUUGAUAGCCAGCCCAACAAGUCCACCACUCAUAAUGUUUCGAGAUGCCUCUCUGGGUCCACCGUGCUACCAGAUAUCAUUAAAAGAAUGCCUCCGUGCCAUCCACAAGUGCUAUUCUUUGGGAUUUUUCAAUUUUCGUGAUUUUCACCGUGAAGAGUAUGAAUACUUUGAGCGCGUGGAAAACGGCGACAUGAAUUGGAUAGUUCCAGGAAAAUUUAUUGCAUUUUGCGGACCCCAUGCUAAAUCGAAAAUUGAAAAUGGGUAUCCCCUACAUGCUCCGGAAUCUUACUUUGCAUACUUUCGCCGUAACAAUGUUUCGACGAUAGUUCGGCUUAAUAAGAAAAUUUACGAAGCCUCUAGAUUUGUCGAAGCUGGCUUUGAACACAAGGAGUUGUUCUUCAUAGAUGGUUCGACGCCCACUAAUUCUAUAAUGCAACAGUUUCUGAAAAUAGCUGAAACUGCACCUGGUGCUGUCGCGGUACAUUGCAAAGCUGGCCUUGGUAGAACAGGAUCCCUUAUCGGCUGUUAUAUCAUGAAACAUUACCAUCUUACAGCUCGGGAAACCAUUGCAUGGAUCAGAAUAUGUAGACCUGGUUCGGUAAUCGGCCACCAACAACACUGGCUCGAGGAAAAAGAAGCUUACCUUCAUUCCUUACUGAAGGUACCGCUGCGUCCUGAGAACGGAAAUCCCGUGCAUCAGUUUGGGAUAUAUUCAGUGGCUGGAAGACCCGGUGGAUUGUCCUUAUCUGGUCUGCGAAAUUCUCGUUUAGUUCAAGACAAUGUCUCAGGGAUCAUGCACCGUGUCGAUGGUAUAAAACUUGACGAUCCUGGGCCGCUUCCAGGCAUUGUAGUACCAAAAAUCUCAGUGUUAACUCAAGGCGAUAAGUUGAAUCAGAUAAAAGCAUCACGACGCAGCAUCAUACCUUCUUGUCAAUCGUCUCUGGGCGGUAUAUCGAGCCCUUCGACUGUUGCACAUCCUUACCUGGGACCUUUGCUUCAAACAAGGAGUCAGAAAGGAACCGCCAGCUUGGCUAGUAACAAGGACAAAGAAGUACCUAAACGACUCCUCGGCCGUGCAGCUACUACAACGAUUGUAAAGAGAAAUAGUUGGCUGGUCACUAACAACUGCGAAUCAAGUGUGCGCCGUAUCAAUUCCAAAGCAACAACACAGAUUCGUAGUAUCAACAACAAUCGCAAUCACAUCAACAACAACAAUAGCAACAAUGUCAACAACGAUGUGGAUUCAACGAGUCCGGUAACUUCCAGUUCUGUAUCAAAGCCAGUUACAAGGUCCAGUGUCAGAGCUUCGUGUGUUACCGAAGCUCGCACUGCUGUUGCAACUACAAACCGCGCAGCUCUGCAGCCCCAACCGGGCAUGAAUAUGAUUCUGCGAUCAGCAGAUCGUGUCACACGAUAUCAUUCACUGAGACACAGCGCGCGCACAACAAAAAGUUACAAAACAGCAUUUGUCAGAUGACUAACCGAUAUUCUCAGAGAUGUCAGAGACGAUAGGGUGGCCAUCCGUAUAUCUCACCAACGUAGGAGAUCUUGCCGCCUAAAUCCCAUCGCUCAGUGAGAUAAGCAUCACCACGUCGACAAUGUAGCCGAGGUUCAAGCAUUGAAGCAAAGAACGCGGAUCUCAUGGUGCCGAAAUGCGAAUAUCCUGUGCGUAUGAUAUAGUAACCGACGAUUCACAACCAUCAUGCUGUCAACACGAUUGGUUUGCCCCCCCCUUUCAACCGGAUCAUGGUUUUCAUUCUUGUGACUAAUCUCUUAUCCGUGAUUUUAUCUCCUAGCUUCUCAUUUUUAUUGCAUAUAACAAUUUUAAUCCGCUUCAGUCAACUAAUUGUUACAAUUUCUUCACGCGAAUGACACGCGAGCAGUAGAUUGAGCCUACCAUCCGUUAGUAUGGGUAUUAUAUUAGAUGACAAAUCACGGCAUUUUGUCACACGUUGAAUAUUGUCUUGGAGUUGGCCAUUUGCAAUUAAGGUAUAAGCAAACUUACAGUGAAAAAUGCAAGACUUGGUGAAUUGGUCUGCUUCAAGAGAUUGUCCCUACAUACAUACGUAUAUAUGUAUACAAUGCAUGCACGAAAGAUGAUUUCUCAAACAUGGUUUCGCGGAGGUGGGGGGUGGGGGGACGUUUAUUAGAAAACUGCACAUCCGAAAUAUGGAGCUAAUUACUCCGAAUUGCUAUUCCCUUUUUGAAACGCAUGAAUAUUAGUAAUUGAACGUAGAUUAUUCAUGGCAAUCUAUAUUUAAUUUACCGUCAAUUUUACACAACAAUUAUUCACUGUUGGCUUACUUAUAGAGAUUACAUUCACACUGUCCGUACUUUUCGAUGAUUCGUGCUGUAAUAAAUUUGAUUGUUAAUUAUUAUUGAAAUACUGAGCUAUUAUAUUAUAUUAUAUUAUAUUAUAUUAUAUUAUAUUAUAUUAUAUUAUAUUAUAUUAUAUUAGAGUCGCGGAAAUUGUACGUAUAUACUGAAAAUCAUAUUAGCCAUUUUAAAAUAGAUUUAAUAAGAGUUGAAACAAUUCAGAGCUCUAUGACAAGAAAUUUCAUCAUCGUAGUGCCAACAAGGAGAGGGAGAAAGAGAGAUAAGCAGAUACAUAUAGAUGGUGGAAAGCGUUAACUUUACGGUGAAACGACAUUAUUCUACAAAUGUACAAGCCCAGAUUCACAACGCAAGCUACGAGUGCACGAACAACCGAAAAUAUGAGCUGACUGACACAUUCGUCUUUGUAAAUGGCUAUGUAUUUUGUACAUACUUACAAGGAAUCAACCAAUAGUUUCAUCCUUGGUGUAACAUUGAAAAAGUCUUUCUGUAGAGAAAUGUACAAGUACUAUCAUAAUUACAGUUAAACAAAUUAACAGUAGGUUUGAUACAUUAACACUUUCUAAACGCAGUAAAGUUUAUCGAUUUUAUAGUAACAUAAAGACUUAUUGUACUAAUGUAGGUUUACGCUUUUAUUUUUUUUUCACUCUUUAGGUAUAUGUAACAUUUUUAAGAAUUUUGUCAAUGAUUUUAAAAUUAAUUAAAAACUGGAAACUUACUUCGUUGCUUGACAUACUACGAUCUUUUCUCUGGUCAGAUGCAAAUGUUAAAUCAGUCGUAUUAUCAUUUUAUUCUCGAUGUAGACAUAGUUUGCAAUAUAGCAAUCAGGUGUAAGCUACGGCAUCGUACAGAUAUUGGACAUAGAGAAGGAUCUACUUACUGACAUCUUUCACCAGUAGCAGUGCGCUGACCUGGUUUGAAAUUAUCCUCCGUUUCAAUUUGAAUUCAAUGUAUUUUCCUAUUGCGGAAGAUGAUCGAAAUAUAACAAAGAUAGUUUAAAAUGACUGGACCCCAUUAAUGCAGCACUACAUCAAAAUAUGUUCUGCAACAGUAUCAUUGCAUCAUGGUCAGUACGAAGUUUAUAUUAUAGAAAACAUGUAGGAUACAAAACCAUAAAUUUUAUCAAUCCCAAUAGUUGCAUCGUGAGAAACUGAUAAAUUUCAAAAAUAUUCGAUUUCGAGUAGGUUUUUUUUUUUAAUAUUACAUUUCAUUUUAACCCGGUACCAACGUUUUCAUUUCACGUCGUACCACUUUCUUAUGCAUAAGUACAAAGCACCCAAAUUUAUUGGAACUCGAAAUUUAAGUCACGGUUAUCAUUCGCCUGCUGUAUUAUUAUCCAUAACAUUCGAAACAUGUAUUUUUCUAUCAAUUAGGUAUCACAUUGCAGUGGAUUCUUUGUAGAGAUAUAUCAAUUUAUUUCUGCAAGGAAUAAUUGAAAGGAUACGUCACAUGACAUUGGAUGAUAUAAGAUAUCAAUGCAUUAGCUUAGAAUAAAUAUUUUUUUUUUUUGUCAAAGCGUAAAAAUUUAUUUAAGAGUAUAAAAUACAAGCUGUCUAUAGGAUAGAGUACGGCUAUUUUAGAAAAUAUAAAAUCCCAGGUCGGUGUCAACUUCACAAAUAUUUUAUCAAUGUUGUGUUGUUCGCGCAGCUGUAAUAUUUACAGAAACAGCGUUAACUUAUGAAUAACGAUAAGAUAUUUGUAAUUACAAAUAUGAAUAAAUCAUCGCAAUGGUUAUUUUCCUGAAA